GGCGGCGGCCAGCGCCCGCGCCCGCCAGAGCGUCCCCGGCCGCCGCGGGAGAACGUCUCUGGCUCGGCGGCAGCUCCUCGGAGGCCGUGAAAGCGGGAAACCAGAAAGCGCAACGGAAUGAAGAGGAAGAGCAUCUGGAUUUGCGUUCCCGAGACGGAGGCGCGAUAGGAUCCGUGGCCCGACUGGUAGCACAGGACCGCUCCGACGCCUCCCCGAAGGGUUCCUCCCACAGGUGUCCUCUCGUCCGGUCCUUUCUCCUCCUCCGACGCGGCCUUAGCCGAGCACAGGGCCGGCGUCGUAGCCUCCCAAGGUGUCGCAGCCGCCUAUGCCUGACGCGCCGCGAUGUUUCAGCCGUAGGGAACGCAGCGGCUGCGGCGGGAGGGAUCGAGUGGAAGUCAGCGGAGCAGAGGAAGUGACAGCAAAGCAGAAAAUAGCUGCACAAUGCACAGGCUGUGGUGUAAGGCAGAGUGAGCUCGAUAAGGCAGUAAUUGUGAUCUUAGUUGUUAGAAGAGAUAAGCCAAGAUGACAAAGAGCAUUAUCUUACGUGUUCACUUGUACCUAAAAAGCUUAACAUUAUUUCACAUAUUGGUGCGAUGAAAUGUUGACAUCAUGUAAGUUACUGCGAUUAUCUGUAGAUACCUGCUUUUACUUGAGUGGAUGCGCGUGCCAUGGAAUUUCAGAGAAGAUAAGUUGGUUUAACACGCAAAAAGUCACCUUCCGUGAGCGACGCCGUUACCAUGGCAACGACCAGCUCGCCUCGCGGGGAACUCAGCGGCGAGACGAUAACGCCGCCUGCGUCAGAUCCCGGCGGCGCGAGGGCCAGGGAUGCCCCUCCGCGCGCCCCCGACCUCUCCCCGAUCCUGAGCCAGGGGGACGAGAAGGAUCUCGACCACACCCUCUUCCCGGACACACACUCCACCCCUUCUCUUCCCGCGACGCCAUGCAACUCUCCGGCUCGCUCCUGCUCCCCCCUGGAGCUUCCGGAGCCCUACCUCUCCCGACGCGCCCCUCGGGUCCCCGUGGCCGACCUCAUCGCUCUCGGGGAGCACACGUCCGCUGUCACCGACAGCGGUUUCUUGGCCAUAUCGCCAGCGCACAUUAGCAUGGCUCUGGCCCCUUGUCCGCCGCUGCCAUGGCGAAGGGAAGCCGGACACGGGACGGGGAGAAAGGUCAAGGAGGGCGCGGCAGGAGGGGCGAAGGCUGGCGAGGAGGCCGCAGUCGCUGCAUCGGCAUCUCCAAGGGCAGAACACCACCCGACGGCCCCUGCGAACUGUGCCUCGGAGCGCCAGCGUCCCGGUGGCAUGGAAGCAAGGUCUUCCGACGGUGGCUCGCCGCUCUCCUCCGACUCUGCCUCUAAAUAUUCCUCUCUUUCCACUUCCUCCUCCUGUUCUUCCUCCACUGCUAUAUCUCCCAGUUCUUCUCUCUCUUCUUCUUCCUUCCCCCCGUCCUCUUCCUGCCCCUCGUCCAGUGCCUCCGUCAUACUGCCGUCUGCUCUCACCGUCACGACGUCCGUAGGCGGCAUCGCCCGGGACGCGGGAGCGAGGGGCGGCCCCGCGGGGGGCGCCGAGCCCGCCUCGUGCUCGCCCGCGUGCGCACAGCGCUUCACCAGGCUCGCGGGGGAGCUCAGCCAAAUGAAGGACCAGCUCUUCGCGCUCUCCGUGCAGAUGGAAGAGCAGAAUUCCCACAUCACCAAACUCAUGGAAGAAAACAGGCGUUACAUCAGAGAAAACGGGAAACUCAAGUCCAGGACCAGAGGCGGGGUUGUCAACAGUGCCAGCAGCUACACGGAUGGCUUCAGCAGCGCCAACAAUUUUAGCGAUGACUUCAGCAGUGCCAGCACCUACAGUGACGGCUUUGGCGGCCCCUGUUCGCAACAGACCAGCGCAGGCGACUUGGAAGACAGGGUUCUGGCAUUGCAGUUGCAAAACAGCGAGCUCGCCUUGUGUCUCGAGCGGGAAAAGAGAAUGAGAAGAGAGGCAGAGACAAGGCUAGAGAGAGACGAAGGCUAUAUUAGGAGACUGGAAGAUAGUGUACAGACUCUGCGAGGCACUCGAGUCGUCAUGGACCCCAUCACCUACAGGCAGGUCGCCGAGGCCUACAUCGCCGCCCGCCGAACGCCCGCCCGCCGCCCGCACACCCACACGGGCGUCCCUGGCUCGCACCUCGUCUGCGAUGGCUCCUCCUCCGCGCCGACCAACCCGAGGCUGUCCCACCCCGCGAUGCACACGAGCAGCACCACGUGCGCCUCCCCAUCCUCCUCCUCUUCUCUUGACUCCGCCUCCACCUCGUCCUACCUCCCGGACACCGAGUCCUCGUACCUCUACCCUUCGUCGGCCCCGUCGCAGGAGGCGGUCGGAGGAAGCCCCUCGCUGAAGGCGCACUCCAAGAAGAAGGGGCGAGCCUUCCCCCCGCAAGAGCGUCUCGCCCUCGGGUCGGACACGGGCGUCAACGGAAGCAUGAAUCCUUGGGACUACCAGCAGCUCCUCGAAAGCCUUGAGGAUCUGGACGGGGGAAGUCGCGGGGCUUUGUCCUGAGGGAGCGAUGUGACGGCAGCUCGAUCCUACACCGAGUGCAGAGGAUGACUAAGACACCUUCGGUUGCUACUCUUUCUCUGGAUACUCCAUAGAAAGAGAGAGAGUAUAAGAGAGGGACGUUGAAUUAUGCACAGAUUAUUAUUUGUUCACUCGUGCGCUGUUUCCUGAGAGAUUCGGCGGCACGGAGUGAAGAAAGAAGGAAGAGAUGGAAUUGAUAUAACGAUUAUAGUAAAGAAAAUAAGUACCAUGGGAACACACUGCCAUGCUGAACGUGUGCAUCUGAAUGUUGCGAUAUUGUCUACCACGGACGUUAUCACAUCAUAAUGGUAGUGCCAUGCAGUGUUGGAACCGUUGCCAAGGAGUGCCUGAUCCUCUUCUCGGAGGUGCCAGACACGAGAGGGGAAACCUGGGGCUUAUUUUGGUGCUGAUUCUCACCUUCAUCGUGAUACUGGUGAAUGAUGCUUACUUAAUAUGAAUAUAUGUGCCUCAGUGUGUGUUUGUAUAUGAAGUAAGACAUGCAACCGCUCAUACAGUAUCUCAUAUCAUGUGUAUAUAUACACUUUCAUAACUUAAUAUGUUUAUAUACACUUAUUUUUUUCUCUCGAAACAUGUCAGAAACUUGGAUAUUGUCACCCUCGUGAUUAUUACUUACUUAUUGAGUCAGAUAAGUAAAGAGUACUUAGUUAUGUGGCUCAGGUACUUAUUGAUAUCAGAUCCCUAAAGGAUUUUCUAUUUUCUUGUGCCAAAAAGAACAAGAUUCCUGAGGUGCUGCUUGACUGUCAUAUAUUCGAAGGAUUGGAUCAUGUGGAUCAACGAGAUGUGUUACUUGCUUGAAAGUAUUAAAUUAUUCGGAAUAUAGUUAA